AUACUUUAAAUUUGUCAAGAAUCUCUGAUUUAAAUAUUUUAACUUGUCCCAGUUGGAACAAUAUCGCCUUUUAAGAAGAUACAAUGGUGAAAUAUUCUCGCGAACCUUCAAACUUGAGCAAGAGCGCCAAGGCUUUUGGCUCCCACUUGAGGGUACACUUCAAGAACACCUACGAGACCGCAACGGCCAUCAAGAAUAUGAAUGUCGCUGAGGCCAAGCGCUAUUUGAAGGACGUUAUUGACCACAAGCGCUGCGUUCCAUUCCGUAAAUUCAACGGAGGCGUUGGCAGAUGCGCCCAGGCCAAGGCGUUCAAGCAUACACAGGGCAGAUGGCCAGAAAAGUCCUGCAGGUUCUUGCUCGACCUCCUCACCAACCUCGAGUCCAACGCUGAGGUCAAGGGGUUGGACGUUGAGAGCCUCAAGAUUGAACACAUUCAGGUCAACAGGGCCCCUGUCGGCAGAAGACGCUCAUACAGGGCUCACGGAAGAAUCAUUCCCUAUCUUUCCCACCCAUGCCAUAUCGAGAUUAUUGCCGUUGAGCAGGACGAGCACGUUCCAAGACAUAAAAGCAGUGACAAGAAGACCAUAAAGCUCAACAAGCGUGAACUCGCUAGGCUCAAGUUGAGGAAUAAAAAGUCUCUCGCCUAA